GGAGAGUUCACGCUCCAUGCGUAAGAUCCGGGCUCGAGGAAAAAGGAUGAAUGUUAAUUUCAAAGAUGGCGGCGGAGGGAGGAGGGAAGGAAAUGAACGAAAUUAAAACUCAAUUCACCACUCGGGAAGGUGUCUACAAACUCCUCACUCACUCCGAAUACAGCCGCCCCAACCGGGUGCCUUUCAACUCGCAGGGCUCCAACCCCGUCAAGGUCUCCUUCGUCAACGUCAACGACCAGUCCGGCAACGGCGACCGGAUCUGUUUCAAUGUGGGCCGCGAGCUCUACUUCUACAUCUACAAAGGCGUCCGAAAGGCUGCUGACCUGAGCAAACCCAUAGACAAGCGCAUCUACAAGGGAACGCAGCCAACCUGUCACGACUUCAACCAUCUAACUGCAACAGCGGAGAGUGUAUCAUUACUGGUGGGGUUCUCGGCUGGACAGGUGCAACUGAUAGACCCCAUCAAGAAGGAAACCAGCAAACUCUUUAACGAGGAAAGACUCAUAGACAAGUCCAGGGUGACGUGUGUGAAAUGGGUGCCGGGCUCCGAGAGCCUCUUCCUGGUCUCUCACGCCAGCGGGAGCAUGUACCUCUACAACGUGGAGCACACGUGCGGCACCACGGCGCCCCACUACCAGCUCCUCAAACAGGGGGAGAACUACUCUGUCCACACGUGUAAGAGCAAGUCCACGCGGAACCCGCUGCUCAAAUGGACCGUGGGCGAAGGCGCGCUGAACGAGUUUGCCUUCUCCCCUGAUGGGAAGUUCCUGGCCUGCGUGAGCCAAGACGGCUUCCUGCGGGUGUUCAACUUUGACGCCGUAGAGCUGCACGGCACCAUGAAGAGCUAUUUCGGUGGCCUGCUCUGCGUGUGCUGGAGCCCCGACGGCAAGUACAUCGUGGCGGGCGGCGAGGACGACCUAGUGACUGUGUGGUCGUUCCUCGACUGCCGGGUCAUCGCCCGUGGGCACGGACACAAGUCGUGGGUGAGCGUGGUGGCGUUCGACCACUACACCACCAGCGUGGAGGAGAGUGACCCCAUGGAGUUCAGCGGCAGCGACGAGGACUUCCAGGAUCAGAUGAUCCACUUUGGACGAGACCGGGCCAACAGCACGCAGUCGCGGCUCUCCAAGCGCAACUCGACGGACAGCCGGCCCGUGAGCGUGACGUACCGCUUCGGCUCCGUGGGCCAGGACACCCAGCUGUGCCUCUGGGACCUCACGGAGGACAUCCUCUUCCCCCACCUCCCCCUCUCGCGGACACGGACACACACUAACGUCAUGAACGCCACCAUCCCCCCCCUGGGGUCGACCGCAGUGACCAACACUCCCAGCAACACUACAAACGGAAACAACAGUGGUGUGAGCACGCCGGGCCUCAACUCCACGACGUUACCGCGCUCAAACAGCCUGCCCCCCCCCGCGGGCGGCCCCGCCACCACCCCCACCCCCCCCACCACCACCACCGCCACGGCCAACAGCACUAACAAGGCCGGCACGGGGGGCCUCACCAGCGGCAUCUUGGACAGCGCGAUCGCCACGGGCGUGAGCAAAUUCGCCACGCUGUCGCUCCACGACCGCAAGGAGCGGCCCCACGAGAAGGACCACAAACGCAACCACAGCAUGGGGCACAUCAGCAGCAAGAGCAGCGACAAGCUCAACCUGCUGACCAAGAGCAAAGCGGACCCCGCUAAGACUCUAGGCACCCUGCUGUGUCCCCGCAUGGAGGAGGUGCCCCUUCUGGAGCCCCUCAUCUGUAAAAAGAUAGCUCACGAGAGACUGACUGUGCUCAUAUUUUUAGAGGACUGUUUAGUGACCGCUUGUCAGGAGGGAUUUAUUUGCACAUGGGCAAGGCCAGGCAAAGUGGGCUUAUUGUCAUCCCAAAACCAAGCCAGCUCUCCCAGUGGAACAGUAGUAUAGCCACAAUAUUUCUGCUGCUAAACCAACCCUGCAACCCUGAGUCUGAUGUUGCUCUUCACCCCGCAAGCAUUGCAAGUUUUCUUUUCUUUCCACCCACCCCCCCUUCCCUCCUCUUCCUCUUCCUCAUCGCCCGCCUGCCUUCUUCCUGGUUACAUUAAUUGCUUUUAUAUUUCUGUUGAUCACUUAUUGACCUAGAGGAUUGAGAAGACAGAAACAAAGAUAGGGGUGUGGUGCAAUGUGGGAUUAUUGUGCUCAUGUAUCCUUGCCGGGGUUUUAAGAUGUUUUUGAAUUCCUAUAUAUUUUUCUUCAACUUCCGAAAUCUUUAUUUACACCCUCUCACUACCCAAAGUGUGACUAGUGACCAUUCAGCAAGAGGCUUGCUAUUAAAAUAAGUUUGUUCAUUGUUUAGUCUCCGAGGCUUUAUAUGUAUAGAUAUAUCGAUAUCGAUAGAUUUAUAGCUAUAUCGAUUGAUAUAUAGCUAUGUCUAUCUAUAGAUAUAUAUAAUGAGGGAGAGAGAUUGGUGAAUUAACCUUUUUUAUAACCAACCGGCAUAUUUUAGAAUUUGCAUUAAUUCACAUUCAAACACCACUUUUGGUCUCGGUAGAAAAAAUCCCUACAAACGACUUUGCACUGAUUUUGUUAUUUUCUUUGUUUUUAUAACUACUAUAAAGGAACAAGCAAGAUGGUUGAGAACUGCCUUGCUGCAAUCGGCUUAAGAUACACUCAGUCUGAAACCUGAAACCAUAAGCUGGAUGCUGCAAUUAGUCUUUUAAAGGAAAGAAAAAAGUUUGCACUUAAAAUUAGUUUAGAAAAAGAUGGCUUUACAUUUUGGAGCGUGCUCAUACUCACACAUGGCUAAUACAGUAGGUGAGAACAAUUCUGAAACUUUAAAUAUUGAAACAUUUAUAUUAAUAUUUCAGAUUCCAAUCUGCUCUGUAUCAUAAUGUGUAUAUUGUAAUUCAGUGAACUGAUGGGGGCCUAAGCAAAAGACCAUUACUCCAGUGAAGUUUUGUCAUUGAUAGUUAUAUUUCUAAAGCCUAAAGUAUACAUAAUAAUAUUAAAAUAAUCUUGAAUA